AGUGCGGCCCCGGGACCCCGCGGGUAGGCCUAGGGAACGGAGUCAGCCUCUGCAGCGUGUUUCUGCCUGGUGUGUGGGUGAGGGAAACCUAAGUCCGCCAGGAAAUCGCCUUAUUGUCACCUCGCACUCUUGUCCUCAAUGAAAGAAGUUUGAAGAUUGAGUGUCCUACAAGGUAAUUUUCCUGCAUGGAUUGGGAGAUACUGGGCAUGGAUGGGCAGAAGCCUUUGCAGGCCUGUUAGGCCUGUUACAUUAAAUAUGAACAUGGCUAUACCUUCAUGGUUUGAUAUUAUUGGGCUUUCACCAGAUUCACAGGAGGAUGAAUCUGGGAUUAAACAGGCAGCAGAAAAUAUAAAAGCUUUGAUUGAUCAAGCAGUGAAGAAUGGCAUUCCUUCUAACAGAAUUAUUUGGGGAGAGUUUUCUCAGGGAGGAGCUUUGUCUUUAUAUACUGCCCUUACCAUGCAGCAGAAACUGUCAGGUGUUACUGCACUCAGUUGCUGGCUUCCACUUCGGGCUUCCUUUCCACAGGGUCCUAUCGGUGGUGCUAAUAGAGAUAUUUCUGUUCUCCAGUGCCACGGGGAUUGUGACCUUUUAGUUCCCCUGAUGUUUGGUUCUCUUAAGGUUGAAAAACUAAAAACAUUGGUGAAUCCAGCCAAUAUGACCUUUAAAACCUAUGAAGGUAUGAUGCACAGUUCGUGUCAACAGGAAAUGAUGGAUGUCAAGCAAUUCAUUGAUAAACUCCUACCUCCAAUUGAUUGACGUCACUGAGGCCUUGUGUAGAAGUACACCAGCAUCACUGUAGUAGAGUAUAAACCUUUUCCCAUACCCAGUCUUCAAAUUUCUAAUGUUUUGCAGUGUUAAAAUGUUUUGCAAAUACAUGCCAGUGACACAGAUCAAAUAAUGUCUCCUCAUGAGAAAUUUAUGAUCUUUUAAGUUUCUAUGCAUGUAUUCUUAUAAGAAGACCCAGGAUAUACUAUAUUAGAAUAGAUGAAGCAGGUAGCUUCUUUUUUCUCAAAUGUAAUUCAUCAAAAUAAUACAGUACUGCCACCAGAUUUUUUAUUACAUCAUUUGAAAAUUAGCAGUAUGCUUAAUGAAAAUUUGUUCAGGUAUAAAUGAGCAGUUAAGAU